AUGCGUGCCACCUUCGCCCUCUGCAGUGCUGCCCGCACCCCUCUGAUCCGCUUCGUCGGCAAGCGCUCUGUCCCUAAGUCCGUUGACCACACUCCUCGCGUCCACCCCGCCUCCCCCAUCGGAGCUCUCCCCGACUCCUUCGCCGCCUACCGCGCCAAGGCUCAACAGCACGGUCCUCUCGGUCGCUCCUCCAGCAGCGGCAUCGGUGGCUCUUCCGGCCACGCCCUGGGUCCCAUCCGCCCCCAGAACGGCCAGUUCUUCGAUCGCACCGAACUGCCUGCCCGUUUCGGUCGUCUGACCUUCACCGAGGCCGAGAUGGAGGCCAUUGAGACCGGCGGUGCCAGCAUGUACGCGUAA